AUGUCUUCUCCAUCAAUUGACCAGAUCAUUGGAAUCACAGGAACUGAUCAACAAACCGCAGAGCAACUCCUUGAAGCAACGAAUGGUGAUGCACAGUCGGCGUUGGAUUUGUUUUACGCAGAUGAUUUCAGCGCUGCAGCACAGCCACAGCCUAUGGCUGAAUCUAGAGAUACACAACGUCAGCACUCAGGUCCUACCACUCUCGGUGGAGCACCUGCUGAACCUUUACCUUCUGGAUGGGGCCAACGUAAGCAGAAGCCGGAAUCUUCCAAGAAGGGAAAGAAAUCGUCUGGUAUCGCAACACUCAAAGAUGUCAACAAUGACGACGACAGCGAUGACGAGGAAGAUCCUGGUAAACGUGAGAAGCUCUACGCUGGUGGUGAAAGAUCCGGUCUGAGUGUUCAAGGACCUUCAAAGGGUGGCCCUAGAGGACCGAAUGACAUAGUUGGUGAUAUAAUGAAGAAAGCAGCAGAUUCAAAUGAAGAAGCUAGCGAGACUUUGACAAAGUCUAACAAAGAACAGCCUAAUGCUUUUUCUGGUAGAGGAAAUAGACUUGGUUCAGAGGAAGAGCCUGUCGAUAGCAAUCAAGGCAAUUCAUUUGAAACCGAUGAUGAUUGGGAGGAAGUAGAUGACGAGGAACCAGUUAAUAGAAGUCUCACAUUCUGGAGAGAUGGAUUUAGUAUUGAUGAUGGUUCAUUGAUGCGUUACGAUGAGCAUCAAGAGACAUUAGACGCGCUCAACUCUGGGCGUGCACCACUUUCAUUGCUAAACAUAAGAUUUGGACAGAGAGUGAACCUUGGCGUUAGUCAGAGGACAGAUGAGGAUUACGUGGCACCACCAAAGGUUUUUAAGCCAUUCGAGGGAGCAUCUGGACAGAGAUUGGGUGCACCAGUUACUGCAUCAAUUAGGCAACCAGAGAGAGCAUCAGCAAGUGCACCAACAAGUAUAGGAGAAAAAGUAAAGGUUGAUGAGAGUAAACCAACGACGCGAGUUCAAGUAAGAUUGAAUGAUGGUAGCAGAACAGUAGUUAGAUUGAAUACAGAUCAUACGAUAGAUAAUCUCAGACAGGAAAUCGAAAGGUGA